CAAUCAAUGAAGGCCCAUGUCCAUAUUCACCAAUUCUUCCUCUCCCAAGAGCAGUUGAGACUUAGCGAUGAAGAUUCCAGUUCCCGCCGGCGAAGAGGUCGCCCCCAAGCUCAUACGCCUUCUCUUCUUCAUCGGUCCUGCAGACUUCGAUUUUCGAUGUUUUUGGUUGAAGUUGUGUGCACCGUUGCGAUUAACAAGUGGAAAGGAAUAGAGAAGGAUAAAUCGGUCCAGAAUCAGGAGGAGCUUCGAGUAGAGAGAGCGUCUGUAGAGAAUCCAUCCAACGUGCAGAAGGCUGUUGAAUAAGCGUAAUUCCUACGAAUGGAUGUGGAUUUGGAUUUGGAAGAGCGAUUGUUGAUUGUUACGUAGUUUAGAACUCCGAAAUAACUGAUUCCUUGUUUAAUUAGGAUCUUAUGAUUGAAGAAGUUUGUUUGAUUUUUUAUGCUAUCUGUUUUGGGAUUGUUUGCUGAUUUUGACCAAUACAUUCAUACAUAUAUAUAUAUAUAUAUAUAUAGUUUCUCUUUCAUUGAAUCCAUCAGUUUAUGAUUUCUCGCCAUUCUGCAUAUGUAUUUUGGAUAGAGAUUCUUGGAUAAAUAGGUCUGUAUUUUGGGAUGUUUUUACUGAGGCAUGUAAUUUUGGAUUUGAUAUUUUUGGGAGUGGUAAUUAGCGGGUUGGAUUUGAUAUUUUUCGAUAACAUUUAGGCACAGACAAUGGUGUGUUUUUGGAAUUUCUUGGUUACGGGGAUAAUCUUUCUUACCAUGGAGUGUUUGUGCAAGAAUGGUGGCUGCUAUAAUUUCUUUGUAUCCAAAGAUAUGUUUGAGCAAAUUUUAGUUCCGGGGGCGUUGCAAAUUAAGUUUUCGGUAUUUAUUUUUUUGCUUUGCAUUAGCAUUGAUUCAAGAACAUGUGUGAAGUGUAGAAGAAUCAUUGCUCGGAAACCUAUCUUUGUUGCAUAUCUACUUAACGAUUGAUGAGAACUGUUCAUAUUUGUUGGUCAUGGGACUAAGGCCUUCGAAAUUUCUGUUUGUAUUAUUGCCUGUAAGAAACUAACUGUAAGGUCUUUGUUCGACCUAUUGCCAUUUUGAGAUCUUUCUUGUUAUACAUUUGAAUUGAGGAAUAUCCAUUUUCCGGGACAUGCUUUGCGGGAAUUUUGUUGCAGGAAGCUCUUUUGUGAUUCUUAAAUUGGCGCCUGCGAAAGUUGUGAUCUUUAUCUAGUCGAACCUUGUACAAUAAUUGCUCAUCUAAUCUAUAACAUUCUGUUGAUGUUUUAACCUAUGUUUGUUAUUAUUAUUAUUGUUGUUAUUUUCGACAUUGUCCACCGUAUCUCUAAUAAGCUCUACAACAGUGUUAUAGUCGCAUGGAACAGUUCUCGGGGGGCUCUCAAGCCGAACUCAGUUAACUGCACAGGAUGGAUUCAGUAUGAACCUGAAUCUGUUGUGUAGUUACAUUGUGUGGGGUACAUGAUCUGCUCGGCUGACCGCGACAACUUCAUGUGAUCCUUGUGGGCUUGACCUGAGGUUUCAGGGGCUGAUGCUGAUCGAUAUGUCUGCAGGAUUUUGUUGUGUAUCGUUAUCGUCGUUCUUGUCUUGGAAAUAUAAGGAAAGCUUGAGCUCACAUAAAAUGGCACCACGGCGACAGAUGGCCUACUAUAAAACUCGGAAACCUCUCCGCCUGUCUCGACACCAAAAACCUACUAAAAAAUGGCUGCGGGCUUCGUCUGGGGUCACUUCCAGUUGUCCUUCAAAAACUGGAUCGCCCAACAGUACGAAGACCUUGAUGAGCUCCUCAACGCCAUCUCCCCUCCUUCCACCAUAACUGAUGAGAAGCUGAAGCUUCUUGGGGACAAGGCCAUAAAACACUUUGAGGAAUACUAUGAGAACCGCGGAAGAAUGUGCAAGCGCGACGCCUCGUCAUUUCUGACGCCCUCGUGGUGCUCCUCGCUCGAGAAUGCCUUCAUGUGGAUUGGAGGCUGCAGACCUUCCUUGUCCGUCAGGCUUGUUUACUCUGUCUGUGGCUCGGAGGUGGAGGAUCAGCUCACCGGCGUCCUGUCCGGUGACCGGAAAAGCAAUCUGGCGGAGAUAUCUUCGGAACAGCUGAAUAUGAUCAAUACUCUGCACUGCAAAACUGUUCUGGAGGUAGACGAGCUCUCUGGCCGCCUUGCGAGUUUACAGGAGGACAUAGCAGACGAGCCACUGGCGAUAAUGGCGAAGAGAGUGGGUGAAAUUGGGGUGCCGAGUAAGGCGGUGGAUCGCGCCAUGGAUAAGCUCUGUGCGUCGCUGGGUCGCCUGCUGGCCAACGCGGAUCGGCUGCGGCUCCGGACGUUGAAGGACCUGAUGGCGAUUCUGACACCUGCGCAGGCGGUGGAUCUUAUCGUGGCCACGAAGAAGCUUAACCUCUCGAUUCAUGAAUGGGGAAAGCGAAGAGAUCAACUGCUGGCCGCACCUUCUUCUCCGUCAUGAACGAACCCUAGUUUUAUGUAUGUAUGUUGUAUGCAAGUGGUCGGAGAAGACUGCUCUGGAAGUAGUAAUAAUAAUAAUAAAGUCCAGAGAAGUAUCUCUGGCGUUGAUGUUAUGAAAGGAUCUAAGGGUGUGUUUGUUUGUCUUCUAAUGUAUUUACUAAAUGCUUGUUUAUAAGCUAUAA